UUAUGGAACUCAAGCAGUCUACAUGUUUGUGCUGAUGGUGGUGCUAACAGAUUGCACGAUUAUCUUGUCAAAUGUUCUGUUGCAGUUGAUGACUAUUUGCCGGAUUUUAUCAUUGGUGAUUUGGACUCCAUUCGUGAUGAUAUCAAAAUCUAUUAUCAAAAUAGAGGCAUUAUCGUCAUCAAGCAGGAUACUGGCUGGGCACCAGAUAUAUUGAAAGCUAUCCAUAUUUGCGAGUUAUUUUUCCACAAGAUUAUUACAGACAAAAACGAUGCUGAGUUCUUUCAACAAUUUGAUGAGGUUGGUGGGUUGGUUGAAUUCACUCAGAAAGCAGUUGGUGAGAUUCAUAAAGCGAAUAAAAAAUUGAAAAUUCUGAGAAAAAUGAAAACUGUAAUGUUAGGUGGUAUUGGUGGUCGGUUUGAUCAAACAUUGCAAACAAUUUCUCAAGUAUAUUCCCAACAUCUAAACUGUAAUGAUAUAAUCUUAGUUAACAAUCUGGACAUUAUGGCUUUGAUACCGAAAGGGACAACUUAUAUCAAAGUGUCAAACUAUCUUAAAGACGAUUAUCAAUUCAAAGGUUUCAAUGAGCAGAAAGAAAAAUCUAUUCUAGGAACAAAUUGUGGGCUUUUGCCUGUAUUCCAACCAAUCACUAUCGAAGAAACUAUAGGAUUGAAAUGGGAUGUCAAGAAUUAUCAAACAUCUUGUCAAUCAAAGAUUAGUUCUAGUAAUGCUUUGCAUGCAAAAAAUUUUAUCAUAAUAAAAUCAGCUAUGGAACUCAUGUUCAAUGUUGAAUUG